AUGGAUCUUAAGCUCGCCAGGACAGUCAGAGACAUACAGUCCUCUAAUUAUUCGUUGAAAUGUAUCGAAAACCUACACGCAAGAGGCUAUGACUUUGGAUCGUUGAACUCCUGUCACCAGGGCGCGAAGGUGAUAUGCAACCUCGUUUCACACAACUAUGGUCUCGGGCUGAGAAUUCUGUCCACUUGUGGAAUUAAUCUGGCCUGUGUUGUGAGUUCCAACAAAUCCAGCUUAUUUUCGUUAAAAGAGGGAAUUAAACAAAGUAGUCAUACGGUUUUUAAACUGCUUUGAUGCAACUGAGCUACGCCGUAGGACUGCGAGGACAAAGUCACCCCUCGGAUGUAGGUAAAACGGUUGCACCAAUAAAACCCCUUUACAGAAAAUUAAUUUCGAUUUUGGGUUUUAUCAAAAGCUGACAGAACUGACUGAAUACGUUUUUAUUCCCAUAUAUUCCGGAGCUUCUACUAAAAUACCCAUCCGAACAACUUGCCUUAAUGAAAUGAUGCAAAAUUAAGGCCAAUUGACGAUAACCGCAAAUGGUUGGAAUAGUUGAAAAUACCGAUACACGUGAAGAUGAGAGUUCCAGAAACUUGUUGACAAGAAGCAGAGGCGAUCGCUAGAAUAAGGGCUUUAUUCUUCUGACGUUUCGGAUUCCCACUUGAACCCAUCAUCGGUGACGGGGACAGAAACCGUUUCUGACCCCUUUCUGUCACUGUCUCUGAUGAUGGGUUCAAGUGAGAAUCCGAAACGUCAGGCGGAUAAAGUUCUUGUGCUAGCGAUUCGCUUCUAGUUCUUGCCAAUCGAAGAUGCGUCUGUAUUUUAUAAGCGAAUGUUCCGGAUGAAGUAAAGGUGCGUUAGAAACAGAGAAAGUGUCCUCCAAUGCAAAAAAAACUUCUCUUUUACGCUUGCUGACGCGGAUAUUAAUUUAGAGUGGCUGGGUCUGCGCAAGAACGAGUUACAAAUCGAUAUGUUUAUAAAUAAUUGUUCAAAGCGCAAAACUGCACCUGUACUGUCCGGUAGAUGCAGAGUAAAAGACAACAAGUAGAGUAUUUUCUGCCGUACAUGAGGCUUUAAGUAACACAAGGCAUCGAAGUUGUUCCGUGCUUCCAUUGGUUGACAUUGAAGAGGUCAUGGUUUUCCUGUCCCCUUAUAUGACGAAAUCCAAGUCCGACAAACAUGCUAACCUCCGUGGCCUUCUAUAAUAUUGACAGUUACCAGUCACCAUAUGUUCUACUAGACUUGUGUGCUUUUUGAUGCACUGAAGUGUAAAUUCAUUCCUCAGACAUCAAGGUAAGAGAAAAAUACUAUUCAUUUUCAGGAAAACAGGUGUGUGUUACACCGUCUUAAACUCAUGCCUUAAGAAUUUUCCCAAGUCUACCGUCUAUGUAAACUGAAUUCGGCGCUGUUGGAUGACGGUUGCGGGACGGAUCCGACGUUUCUUCAUCUAUCUGUGUUUACACAGGAGUGCACACGCGCCAGCAUCAGCAAGCACACACAAACAUUAUGACGGUGGGCGCUCGCCGAUCAGGUUACGGAACAUGCUCGUUCCGUUGUGCCUUGGGGCUCAUACUAGAACCCUCGCAGGCAGCCACACAGCGACUAGUAGUAGACAUAGAUGAGAUGGAGCCGACAAAGACAAGGCACAACGGAACGAGCAUGUUCCGUAACCUGAUCGGCGAGCGCCCACUGUCGUAAUUAAUAUUCCCGAUCACAGCCGACAGGACAACGGACCCGUGGCUCAAUGGUAGAGCGUCAAACUCCAUGACCAAAGAUCCCGGGUUCGAAUCUCAAGUGAUCCACACUUGGGGUUGGGUAUGAUUGGCUGAUGACGGCUAAUAAGCCAGAAAUGGCCAUUCCGGUCUCCCUUGUCUUUGUCGGCUCCAUCUCAUCUAUACACACAAACAUGUUGGAACCGGCUGGUGCUUCAACGCCUUUACGCUCACAAGGGCUACUGCAACCAGUUAACCGCCUCGUAUGCAAUGGUUCCUUCUAAAUGUUGACCUCACGACAUUUUCUGCUAUGUGAAACCCGAAUCGCCCUUAUUGCCACCUAGUGCGUCCUAUGUGAGAACCAGCCCGUGCGUGGCACGCGUAGACGGACUGUUCGACUUUGUCAUCCGCGCCCAUCCCCAGCCUUGUCAUCGAUGAGGAGGGAGUGUGGCAGAUGCUGCUCCCACUUUAGGCUACACGCGGCGGACAACGCCGAUCGAGUCAUUUGUCUGGGCGGACGUCCACGCAGGCGAUUGCGUAUCGUGGGUUGCUCUGGCCACUGUCGCAGUCUUUGGCAUCUGUAGGUGACGCCAGAUGCCGAACCGGGCUCGCCCGCGAACACGUCUAUAAACGCGCGCCUCGCAAUUUCGCUGUCGCAGGAACGGUGACCUGCGCGAGGACUAGUUCAUUAUGGCAGUAGACUUGCGCGGAAUCUACAUCACUCACUUAGAUGCGGUCAGGGGAGCCGGACGAGGGCUACAGAGUGCGUCUACGUGUAUCAAAUUCGUCUGGUCAGCAGAGUUUGCAUAGAGAACCGGGGGUAGGGGGGACGCGCUUCGAAUCAAAUGCAAGUGGGAGUGUCAAAUUAGGAAGAAGGCAUUGCCGCCUGAUUCUCGAUUCCAAGGAGGCCGAUUUGUUUUCCCAACAGGCAGCCUUCCAAGCCACAGUUUGUAUAGCACUAUGAGAGAUCAAAUGCGUGUCAGUGAGGAAUACGUAUUGAGUCGACCUCAUCGACUCUUCCCUACACCAGACACCUGUUGAUUAUCCGACGUGAUCAGUCAUCUGAUGCGAGAGUUGGGCGUAAGUGGUCGACGGAACUAAGCAGCCCGUCUACGCUUGCCACCCACGACCUAGCCACCGGCACAACGCACCAGAUUUUGAAAUCAUUUAAGUGAGCGGCUCCAAUCUUACGUGUGUUAGAGUUACACGAAGGCCACACUAUUAAGGAACCAUUGAACUUAUAGUGGCAGGCAACAAUACCGGUCUGGCGUCAUUGUCCAAGGCCUCGCUGCGUCAAGGUCAUCCAUGCCUUUGCAGUGGGCCGUUCCAGACGCGCUGACCUGAAGUCACAAGACCGACAGCUCGGACAUACCUGCGUCCGCACAGCCGCAGCUGCCCCUGCGGCCACUUGAACGCACCUGCUCCCUGCAACCACAACCUAAGCCACUGGGACACCACCCCUCGGCAAAUGUAACACACACUGACUGGACACCACUUGAGCUUGACCCAAGAGCCUACAAAAGUGACUGCCACCACUUUCUUAGGGACCCUCAGGCAUGACUGGACGCAGUCAGCACCAGCCCUGGCGUCGUCAGUGGCUACUGCCGCCUGAGAGGACAACUCCGGGUUCCGUGCACAAUAAACCCCUCAUUCUGGUUCCUUCUGUCUUCUCCCUACAACUUGGGAUCAGACCCGACGAUGGUAUCGCACAGACAGGGGCACAAACACACCGAGACAGGCAUUCUCGGGGAACGGACGCUUAUCUCUGUCGCAAGCAAACAGCCAACUUACGGCAAUCUGCCCUAUGUAUAGAAUAAACUAGUCCUCACAGCUCCCUGACUUCUGACAUUAGACGAAACGAACCUACUGUGCGUGGUUUAAGUUGAUCUCACAUCCUUGAUCACGCCGCAGACCUGACUCUCAGUCCACCAGUCAGUCAUUUAACACAUCACAGCAGUUCGACCGUCGUACUCAAGGGUGUUCAACAUGUGCUCCACAGCAGGUUGAAGGAGGCACAGUGACUUAGGUGUGGUUUAUUUUGUAGUGGUAGUAGACGUGCGCGGCAUCUACCGCACUCCGCCUGCCCCCACACCUGGGCCCCGUGUCAAGACAUAGUCAAGAAGACCAGGGGCGGGAGUGGGUGCAAAAGACUGGCACGACCGGACUCGCAUUUAGGCGUACCACCACACCCCCUGGUCCGCAACAAACACUCGAUCAGGAUUUUAACUAAGAACACAAAAACGGGUCAGAUGGAGAAGGAGUGUGACAGGGAAACUAUGGACACGACCUGUGUACUCACUGGGAGUGCAAACGCAUCUUCCGACAGGAAACCAGGUGACAUAGAGCAGCCAACGCACACUAGACUGCGAGGGCCAUAGUUUGUUGAUCCUGACAUAGCAGACGCUUACAUUCCAUGAGGCCACUCAAGGCAUACACACAUAUUUCGCAACCUUCCAGGCCACGACUUCAGGACACGACAGUAUCAGGAAUGUGUCUGCCCCUAAACAACUAGGAAGCAUAACUGGCCUCAAAAGGCAUCGGAAUUCAAUCAGAAAAUGCGCGGCGAUUAAACAAAUAUCUUUCUAGUACUUGUACUUUAUCCAGAUAGUCUGAUGCAGGCUCAACCAGACGCAUGUUUCGCCGGUAUUUCUACUGCAUGACGCAGCAACGAGGGUUUCGGGCCCUCAACGGGUCCCCUAGAGUUCUCUAUGCGGUCUCUCGUAUGCGAACUCCAGGGAAUAAUCAAGAGAAUAAUUUCAGAAAUUAUUAAGUGCAGAACAGGGAGCUGAGUGUCCGGGACGUGAUUUUGGAGCCGAAGACAACCAACUACUACGGAGUAACCACGUAAUGCCCAUUCUACAAACGAUUAGUCCUACAAGUAUUGUGAAUUUCAUAUAGCAAAGGUGUUAUACCGCACUUCCGACACAUUUGCUAACAAAAAGCCCAGACAUUUAUUUUGUCGAUCUCUGUUGCUGCCGGGCGACGUUUAAGAAGCGUCAUAACGUGGUCAUCCCACAAUUGUUGGUUGUUUUCGACUCGGAUCUGCUCCUAAGUAAAGUAAUGUCCCGAACGCUUAACUCCAAUUCCUGCACUGAUUAUCUUCCGGAAUUAUUCUCUUGACUAUGCUCUGAAGUUCACAUGCCACAAACCGCAUAGGAAAAGCUGGGGGACACACUGAAGAGCCGAACUCCUCUGUGUUGCGUCACACAGCGGCGGAAUGCUGACGAAACACUUGUCUGAGCUUUAAGCAAGUAUCUUUGUCGGAGGUACGGUAUAACACCUUUGUAAUACACAUAUAUAUCGUCUGACGAGAGGUUAGGGUCACCAGCUCGAAAAUUCACGAGUAUAACUCGAUUUUUUCCCACGAGCCUUCUGUCUUCAUAUAUAUAUGGGAAGAAAAGACGAUCUCGGGGACCAUAGUUUUACUGUCCUGACUUUUCAAAAGCAAACAAUUAUCCAUCGUCGGAGGUGAGUGCGGUAUCGCGCCUCACAAUAUUUAUAGGUGGGUGACAGUCAUGUCAAGACGGUUUUUUUUAAAUAUAAGGUCAGGGCGGCAGGGAGGAAGGGACGGGAAGGGAUUCCUAGAGCAUCUUUUCGCUGGAUAAGAAGGGUGAUGGAUCAGCUUUAGUGGUCACCAGCCGCAUGCACACAGGGACUGUGGCGGACGGGGGAGGAAUGUACUCAAUCUACAUCGGGGGCCGGCGUUGAGACGUUGGUGGCCGUUGUUUGUAACUUCAUUGACCUUUGCUGUCGUCUAAGGCUGGCAAUCUUGUUUACUCCGCAAUGACUGUCCGUUUUCUCGUCCGCCGGCCUUGUAGAUGGAUCGGUUGUGGUGAAGACUGCGCUUUCGUCAGAACCAGGUUUAGGGAUGGCUGAGUUUGUAUCCGACAAUGGAAGCUUGUUUGCUUUUGAAACGCCAGGACAGUAAAACUAUGGUUCCCGAGGUCGCCUUUUCUUCUCAUUUAUGCCGGGGACGUGCAUCUUCGCUUUUAUUAUAUAUAUAUAUAUAUGUGUGUGUGUAGAUUGCCUAUAUUAAGUGUUACAAAAAUAUGGUUUGUAUUUUUUACAGUAGAAUGUCUGAACUCUUCCGCUUUGGUAGACAAUUCUAUCUGGACUAAGGGUCCUUUUCUGGUCGUUCAUUUCAAUCUUUUCCUCCUUCCACAUUCGACAGGAUCCCGACUCGGGGAACUCACCCCUCCUGCUCGCUGCUGCCGAGGGUCUCUGCGGCGCCAUUCGUUUCCUCAUUGAAGCAGUUCCACCGGAACACCUGCUGCACUGCAAUCACAGCGGACGCUCCGCCCUCCUGCUUCUUUUGGCUCGUGGACAUGGUGCCUGUGGCUGUCUGAGUGCCCUCCUGAGCCGUUUGCCGCGGAGGCGCUGUCUCUCCCCACCCGCAGAGGCUGACGAGAACACCGUCCGGGCCGACUUACUUGUUCUGAGUGUCGGAGAACUGCUGGCCCGCAUCAAGUGUUCGCAGGUACAACGCGUGCUAAGCGUGUUUCGUCUCUGGACAGGCGCCAACCUAAUCCGUCUGCAGACUGCUGAAUGGGGGCCUGGUGAGUGCGUCACUCACAACAAAAAGACAUCAUACGCAAGCUGAGAAACUUGAGCGUCUCUUUACUGUAUCGACAUGGAUGCGUAUGCAAAUUCCGUGCACACACACACACUCAUAUACGGUGCGUGACCGAUCUCAUGAAAUGUUGGCCGAAAUUCUGAAAAGUGUUUUUGAUUAAGAAAGAUUACUGAGGUGGAUUUGUAGUACUGAUUAUCUUGCGGCAUAUUCCUAUAAUAUUUCGAACUCGGCAGGAUCUUGACUUUGCAUGAACUGUACUCGGUAAAGAAUGACUACUUAAGUAGCAUGCAUUUUUCACAUUGAUUUCCGAUGGUCUUAUAAAUUCAGUUAUAUUUCAUAAAAAACAUGGACGGAAAAUGUUUUUUUACUCAUUCGAUAGAGAAUCACGUCGUCUGUAUACUGUAAACUUAAAGAAGGGAUAUGAUUAGGUUUUAGAAAAGUUUCUAAUUAUGAGAUUUUUUAAGACCGUGCAAUCUCUAUUCACACAGCAUCAAACCUGUUUGUUUACUACUGCUCCUCCUGAAAUGCACAACACUGUCCGCUUCCAUUGCAAAAUCGUAUGGACUCUAUGUAAUAUUUUUUAAAGGCAUAUGUAUGGUUUUUUCAUACACGGAAGGCAUGCAACUUGUAGACUGAAAUCACUAAGCGCUAAUGCAACGGCUAAUCAGGCCCAAAAUUAUUCGGGAAUCAGGAAACGUUUUUUAAAACCUAAUUAUAUCCCUUCUUUAAGUUUACAGUAUACAGACGACGUGAUUCUCUAUCGAAUGAGUAAAAAAACAUUUUCCGUCCAUGUUUUUUAAGAAAUAUAACUGAAUUUAUAAGACCAUCGGAAAUCAAUGUGAAAAAUACAUGCUACUUAAGUAGUCAUUCUUUACCGAGUACAGUUCAUACAGGAGGCCGAAAAAAGGUGCAUGCAAAGUCGAGAUCCUGCCGAGUUCGAAAUAUUAUAGGAAUAUGCCGUAAGAUAAUCAGUAUACUAAAUCCACCUCAGCAAUCUUUCCUAAUCAAAAACACUUUUCAGAAUUUCGGCCGACAUUUCAUGAUAUCGGUCACGCACUGUAAGUGCCAGUACAGGUAUAGAUAUUUGAGGUAAGACCAGGUCAUAAUGCCUUCCAAGCAUCAGUCAGCGCCCUUGCCCCAACACACCUGCUACAGGCCGGUUUUAAUUGUUUUUGAUUCCUCGUUGCUCUACCGUGGGCGAGUAAACUGACCAAAACGUGCUCAAACUCACGGUCUUCAAUGGGGUCUCAUCGCUCUGGUGGCUAGGGCGUUGGCUGUACUAAAGCCUUCCCCUUGCUGUCGUAGGUUCGAAUCUCACCGAGGUCGCCGACUUUUUCACAGUCAGAUCAAAAUGAAAUAUAUCAAAUGCUCGUUAGUCAACCAAACGCAGGAAAUAAGAAUUUUGAACAGAAUAGGCAAACUGUAAAGUAUAUAAAGAGACAGAACACAAGACGGAACCCUAACUCACCAGGGAUUUCCCACGUAUCCACAAACAUAUAGAUUUCAGCAUUUAGAAGGAUGGAAUUCUUUGGGAAACGGUAAAAUUUAUUAUGUAAAUUUUCGAGACUGGUUCCCCAGCUCGUCUUCAGACAACGGGUGUGCAAAAAUAAUUAUUGGUUAAGGUCAGCUUCUCUGGAUUUGGUGAAUCACUUUGAAACUGUCCUUAAUGAUUUUGUAUGUGGCAUCUAAAUCGAUGUGCCGGUUGAUGCAUUCUUAAAUGCAUGCAUGUUAAAUGCGCAACGUUUGACAUGUCUGAAAAUACCCAUCUCGAUUUUUGUCAUCAAGUUUAAUGAGAUAGGUCACGUACUGUAUGUCUAAGCUAAAGCCGAUUUGGCGCCUGUAGGUCAGCGUGUCUUAAUUGCAGUAAAGUGACAUUCGUGAUGGAGUCGUGCGACCCUGCGUUUGCUUAAAACCAGAUGCAAAUACGGUGGUCCCAGUCACAAAUGAAUUAGCUCAUUACAAAUCAGACGACGAACUUCGGUAGGAGUAGGUAGCGCUGUCCUGGUUCGAAGUGUAAGUGUAAUGUGGACAUUGCAAGUAAAGUAAGCCAAAGGAGAAUGCUGAAAUCGUUAGUGGGACAACUGAGGUAGUAGUUUGUGGUAAGUUUAAAGGCUCCGGUUGGAAUUAGAGUUUGGAUUACGGUGUAGGUUUACGCUUAGUAUUGAGGUUGGGGUUAGGGUUGGGUUACGGUUAAGGUCGGGAUUAUGGUUAAGGUUAGCGCUUAAUUUACAGUACUGGUUAGGGGUAGGAUUUGGGUUAGUGUCAAGUUUAGACUUAGGAUUAGAGCUAGGGUUUGUGGUAGAGUUAGGGUUAGGUUUGACGUUAAGUUCAAGCUUAGCGUUAGGUUUAUAAUUACGUUAAGGACUAGGUUUACCUUUGAUUCGAUUACAUUUGGGACGGGGACAGCGUACUCGACCCUUGCCUGAAUUCUAUUUGGACAACUGUCUGAAAUAUCAGCAAUUCUCUAACUGCUCAUUUCUCAAAAGAGGCAGAACUAGUCAUGAAGUCCGAUGUUUCGUUUUGUAGUAUUCAGCCUUUCUCACCGACAGGUUACUGCCCUUUAGGCGACGCACUCGAGUCCUCCGGUAAACAAACCAGCGAAGACUUCAUUAAUGCCCUCCUACCAAACAUCUUUCGCGCUGGCUCUUUCGGGACUUCGAACGGAGAGGCCUCUGAGGCCUGCAUCAAUGACUUCCUCGAGAUCCUCUGCAGACUGAUCAUUCUGGGCACACUGAGGAGUGAGUGUCUGACCGAACUGCUCCUGGCCCCUGACCAUCUCUUCAUCGACGAGCAACAGGCCGAGGCAGUGGCAAAGUGGAAGUACUUAAAAAGCGGGUAUGUGGAGAGUCUUCUGUGUGCAUAAAAUGUGUUGGCGCGGCGGAACUGGGCAACAGCGAUCCUGCUAGGUAUUGUGACAGUCAAGGAUGUGAGAUCAACUUAAACCACGCACAAUAAGUUCGUUUCGUCUAAUGUCAGAAGUCAGAGAGCUGUGAGGACUAGUUUAUUCUAUACACAGGGCAGGUUGCCGUAAGUUGGCUAUUUGCUUGCGACAGAGAUAUGCGUCCGUUCCCGGAGAGUGCCAGUCGCGGUGUGUUUGUGUCCCUGUCUGUGCGAUACCAUCGUCAGGUCUGAUCCCAAGUUGUAGGGAGAAGACAGAAAACACCAGAAUGAGGGGUUUAUUGUGCACAGAACCCGGAGUUGUCCUCUCAGGCGGCAGUGGCCAGUGACGACGCCAGGACUGGUGUUGACUGCGUCAAGUCAUGCCUGAGGGUCCCUAAGAAAGUGGUGGCAGUCGCUUUUGUAGGUUCUUGGGCCAAGCUCAAGUGGUGUCCAGUCAGUGUGUGUUGCAUUUGACGAGAUGUGGUGUCCCCGUUGCUUAGGUUGUGGUUGCAGGGUGGAGGUGCGUUCAAGUGGCCGCAUGGGCAGCUGCGGCUGUGCGGACGCAGGUAUUUCCGAGCUGUCGGUCUUGUGACUUCAGGUCAGCGCGUCUGGAACGGCUCACUUGCGACAGAGAUAUGCGUCCGUUCACGGAGUGUCAGUCGCGGUGUGUUGUUUACGCGGGAGUGAGUGUCUGUGUCAGCAGGAGGGGGUGACUGGCUGAGUGUUGGUCGUGUGAUUGGACAAAUUAGGGGGAGGAAUGGAGGACGUAUGCUCACAAGUCCUCACGGGUAUCAAGCCAGAGCGUUCGACGCGCGUGAGGUGAUGAAACUUUGUGAGGUCAGCCGAGAGUCGCUGCACCUGGACAGGAGGGGCCCCAGUUCUAGCCGUCGGGGAUGGUCGUGUGUCAGCGGCCUGGUGACGAUUGUGGCGGCCAUCGACCGACAAAACGGAGCCGGAGAAAAGGGGGAAUGGAGAAGCUGCUACAGUAUUAAAAGCGUGCCAUGGCGGCAUCCGUGGCCCUCUUGUGAGAGCCCCCGCCUCUUUCCUCUUGCCCAUCGCCGUGUUCUUCCUGUGAACGAGUUUCCUGAACUCGCUGGCAGUCGAUGGUGCAAAAGAUUCCUUGUGGAUCAAGAGGUUGCCCAGUUUUGCGCAGUGCUCAGCCUCAUCCAUGCCGACAAUCGAGCGCCCCUUUUUGGCGGGUAGGGUAACUAUAUUCUCCAUUUUUUGUAUCCUCAGACGUUCUUGAUUUUCAGCUUUAGAAAUCAUCAUCUGGCGUUUGCGGUGGAGGAGUAAAGUCGAGACUUUUUGCCCCACGGGAGUUUCACACUUUCUGGAGAAUGCAACGAUGUCCUCUUGUCGAGCAUUUCUGGUGCUGAGCUUCGCGUUACGGGAUAGAAUCGCUAGAUGUUGCUGAGUGUGACAAGGGGAAGAGAAGCUGUGAACUAAGACUCAUUUUUUCUAAUACCUCGAGCAUCUGGUGACCAAAUAACUUGUGGCGACGCCGUGCACUACCGAAGAUUGCCGCUUUGAGGGUUUACCGCUAGUGCGCUCCAAAGAUCGACUGGAAAGUUGCCAAACGCUAUUCAGUCUUUCGCGGUAUUUGUGAAUGCAAAUGGGGCAGUCUCAUAUCAGCACCCAAGUAAGUUUUUAUUGUAUUCAGUCGAAGUCCGUUACCAUUAGUCAGCAUUCACAGACGAUGCAUGCCUGAGACAUUUCGGAGGGACGUUCUCACCAAGGCACCUUUAUAGGAAUUUCAGCUGAGCGUGGAUUAACGACUCUCUCUUUGGGAUGAGCGGAUGGCUACACAUCCAUAGCAUAAAUUAAUAUGCCUACAGAUGCGAGGUCUAGAUAUCAUAUUGCAUUAACUAUCUCACGAAGAAGCCAAAGAAGAGAAAGACAGAGCAGGGGUAAGUUUAUGGACCGAAAUUUAUUUGUACCGACGCUUCGAAACCUUCCUCCUUUCCAUCAUCAGAGCGCUGAGGUUGCUGCUCCAACUGGUCUGAUGAUAAAAAAGUAAAGUUUCCGAAACAACAUUACGAGUACAGUUUGGUUCUUAAACUCGCCCCCUCUUCUUCGUCUUUCUAAGAAGAUGCUGAACGCGAUGUAUAUAUAUAUGUGCAGAAUAGCAUUACCGACAAAGCCAAGGGAGACUGGAAUGGCCAUUUCUGGCUUAUUAGCCGUCGUCAGCCAGCCAUACCCAAGCCCGAAGUGUGGAACACCCGAGCCUCGAACUCGCGACCUGUUGGUUUAGAAGUCCACGCCUCUACCCACCGGGCCACGAGCCCGUUGCCCUGUCGGUUUUUGAUCGGGAAUAUACAAUGAUAGGGGGCGCUCACCGAUUGUUCAUUGUAUAUUCCCGAUCGAAAACCGACAGGGCAACGGGCUCGUGGCCCGGUGGGUAGAGGCGUGGACUUCUAAACCAACAGGUCGCGAGUUCGAGGCUCGGGUGUUCCACACUUCGGGCUUGGGUAUGGCUGGCUGACGACGGCUAAUAAGCCAGAAAUGGCCAUUCCAGUCUCCCUUGUCUUUGUAGGUAAUGCUCUUCUGCCUAUGUAUCAUGCGCCGCUGUGCGGCUGCUAGUUGGGCUCGAGAGAGAGCCCUUAAGGCACAACGGAACGAGUGAGUUCCGUAUGAACGAUCGGUGAGCGCCGCCUACCACCAUAUAUAUAUGUCUAUCGAAUGAAAAGGAAGGCGUAUAUCUGGAACCUAUGCUUUCGUUCUGACGUCUCGUACAAUGAUUUUCUCUACUACUCUUCAGGCACAGGCGUUUCUGUCUACAGUUAUCAUUAUAUGACAUGGGAAUUGUUGGAGUCUUGCGCCUGAUGCAUAAAGCAUCGAUUCCGACUGCCGAUGUGGAAGACCUUCAUAGUCCUUGGUGCUCGCAGUCCGCGGUGAUGACCGGCAAACACGACGGCUCUAUGCCUUUACUGCCCCCUGUUAAGUAGGCUCGUCAGUCCAUUUUGCAUGAAGGUUGACUGGGCGGUCGGUCCGCACAAUGGCUUCUUGCGCCUUUCUUGAUGAAAGUUCGUAAUGAUUGCCAUUUUAAGGUCGUGAAAGCUGAAAUUAGGGUCAUCAAGCCCGGGCUUAUGAAUUACAGUACGUAGGCUAUCUCAUGAAAUAUCAACCGAAAUUCCGGAAUGCGUUUUCGAUUCGAAAAGACUAAGUAAGUAGGGUUGUAAAACUAAUCAGCCUGCAGCGCAACUUUAUAUUGUCUCAGCUACCAUAGGAUGCCGGCUUUCGAAUGAACUUCUAUACGGCUGUAUGCGAAAAUCCCACUUUGUAAAAAAUGGCUAAUUAUGUAGCAUGCACUUCUCUCAUUGAUUUUUGAUGCUCUUAUCAAUUAAGAUAUAUUUUACAAAAAGCAUUCAUAAAAUAUUUGUUCUUUGCUCAUUUGGUAGAACAGUAUGUCUUCUUCAACUUUUAUAUUCUUAAAAAAAGUAUAAUUCGGUUUUGAAAAAAGUUUGUAAUUGUGAGAUUGUUUAAUACCGUAAAGUGGCAGUUCAUAUAACGUCAUGUCUCUGCGUUUACCAAUGUGGCUUGUAAAGUUAACAAUUGUCUCGGAUCCACUGUUAAAUUUGAUGAAUCCGAUAUGGUCUCCUCUUAAUACUGCGGAUAAAUGUACGGUUUUCCUUACGCGCAAAAUAUGCGGCUUGUAUUUUGGAGACCUUGAAUGCAAGUGAAAAGGCAGGUCGGGUUCAAAAUUAUUCGGGAAUUGGGAAAGUCCUUCAAAACCGAAUUAUACCCUUCCUUCGAAUAAAAAGUUAAAAGAAGACGUACUGUACUACCAGCUGAGUAAAAAAUAAAUAUUUUGUGAAUGUUUUCUGUAAAAUAUAUCCGAAUUUAUAAGGGAAUCAGAAAUCAAUGAGGAAAAUGCAUGCUACAUAUGUAAUCAUUAUUUACAAUUUGUGAUUUUUUACAUACAGCCAUAAGAAAGUUCAUUCGAAAAACGGCAUCCUGAAGUAACUGAAUCACUAUAGAAUUAUGCUGCUUGCUGGUCAGUUUUACAGCUAACCAGAAGUCGCUUGACCAUCGUCAAACAUCUGGCCACCGAUGCACCCAAGCAACCCAUGAUUCGCAGACGCGGCGACAACCGGUAGAUUGGAGGACGAACGACGCGCCAAUUUUGUGGCAAUUAUGACAACCGCGUCACCAUCUCUAUGAGUUUCCUGAUAUACCCGUCCCAGAGCAUCACCAGGCAAAUAAUGUUGGAUAUUUUUAAGUGCAGGGCCCUGUCUGAUUGCCCAGGAGAGAACUUUCAACAGUUAGAUCAAAUCUUCAAUGAACAUUUGGGUCGAAGACUUUUAAAUGCUUUGGAAUAGACACGUAAUGUCCAUAAAACAGGUAAGCCGUUUUCACAAGUAGUAGAAUUCAACAUAUAAACAUAUACGGUAGAUGGACGCUCUCCGAUCAGGUUACGGAACACGUCCAUUUCUUUGCGCCAUGGGUCUCAAUUUUGCGCCCUCACGGGCAAUUGCAUAGCGACUAGUAGUAUAUGUUGGUGAGAUAGAGCCCAUGAAGAAACAGGCAAACGGGAGGUCCAUUUCCUGGCUUAUUAGCCGUCGUCAGCAGCAUGAUGGUUGGCAGAUUUUUCAAGCUACAUGACAAUAAAGUGAGUCACUAACGCAGGUUCACAUUGUCGAAUAUUCUUUCCCAAUGUUUUUUUUUUAAUUUAGUAGAUUAUAGGGGUAUGCAUAGCGCCUCAGGUCUUUCAAGGAGAAUACAAAUAGCAUAUAUAAUUUAAAUGACCUAGAUAGGCGUUGCGGUGCAGUUAAUCAAACUGGCUUCUAAAAAACCACGAGGAUGUCUCUAAAUAACAAUGUAAAAUUACUGUAGGGCGUAGGCAAGUAAGUGUUCUGGGGGAUGCUUCAUCUUUCAUUAAAUCCCAGUCCUACCAACUUUAAGCCAGUAACGUAAGCAUCAGGCCUGCAAGCCGCAAAUCAGAAAAAUGGUAUCUGUAGAUGAUUGUGCUAGAAACCCACAUUAUCAAAUUCAGGCAAUGCAGAAACUUCUAGGUCUAAUUUCUUCCACCAAUCAGAUUGCGCGCCCUCGCUGCCUCCCUCCACCCAAUCGCUCCUCUGCGCCACUUGUGUAUUCGCAUUAUCCGCCGUGAACUACAGCGUACAAUGUGCAAAGCUCUGUCAACGGAGCACGUGGAAGAUGGCUGCCUCAACAUUCAAAACUUCUUCCAGCAUCAAGUAGACAGUCUCUGCUGUCCCUCGCAUCUGAGAGAAAGCCUUCAUUUUCGAACCCACAGCCUCCUCUAA